AUGUUACGACAAGCUGCAAAGAAAGGUGUGACGGAACUCGCCCAAUAUCCAAAGCCAGGUGAAAAGCUUCAUGGAUUCACACUCUUAAGAUCAAAACAUGUUCAAGAACUUGAGUUGACAGCACUUCAUCUGAAGCAUGAUAAGACGGGCGCAGAUUAUUUACAUGUUGCCAGAGAAGAUAAGAAUAAUGUCUUUUCGAUUGGAUUCAAAACAAAUCCUCCAGAUGAUACUGGGGUUCCUCAUAUAUUGGAACAUACAACACUAUGUGGAAGCAAAAAGUAUCCCAUUCGUGACCCUUUCUUCAAGAUGCUACCUAGAACAUUGUCAAAUUUCAUGAAUGCAUUCACUGCGUCCUCUCACACAUUUUAUCCUUUCGCCACCACCAAUGAACAAGAUUUCAAAAAUCUCAUGUCUGUUUACCUUGAUGCAACAUUGCAUCCACUAUUGAAACAGAGCGACUUUACACAAGAGGGAUGGAGAAUAGGGCCCGAGAACCCACGAGUGGCAAUCGAGGGAGACACUGCCAAACCUGAAGAUAGCAAAUUGGUGUUCAAAGGUGUUGUGUACAAUGAGAUGAAGGGACAAAUGUCGGACGCUGGAUAUCUUUACUACAUCAGGUUUCAAGACCAUAUUUUCCCUGCCAUCAACAACUCUGGAGGUGAUCCACAAAAGAUGACUGAGUUGACAUAUGAGCAAUUAAAGAACUUCCACGCUGAGCAUUACCAUCCAAGUAAUGCUAAAGUUUUCACAUACGGCGAUAUGCCUUUGGCAGACCAUCUUGUAGAGGUCAAUGCUCAACUGAAUGCUUUUGAGCGCAUUAAUGGAGAUAUGGAAGUACUUAAGCCUAUCGAUUUAUCAUCUGGUCCACAGAGCAUCACUGUUCCAGGGCCCAUCGACCCAUUGGUGGAUGCAGAUAUGCAGUUUAAGACCUCAACUUCAUGGCUGGUAGGUGAUGCUACGGAUGUUUUAGAGACUUUCUCACUUUCAAUAAUGUUUGCUCUACUCAUGGAUGGAUAUGGAUCUCCACUCUAUAGAAAUUUAAUUGAAGCUGGCUUGGGAACGGAAUGGAGUCCAAAUAGCGGCUAUGAUCCUUCUGGCAAAGUCGGAAUAUUCUCUGUUGGACUAACCGGCGUUAAAGAAGCCGACGUACCGAAAGUCAAAGAAGCAAUUCACAAGACUUUCCAAGAAGCACACAAAAAUGGAUUCGAGAAAUCAAAAAUCGAUGGCUACCUACAUCAAUUGGAGUUGAGCUUGAAGCAUAAGACUGCCAAGUUCGGUAUGUCAUUGAUGCAUAGAAUUAAACCUAAGUGGUUUGAUGGUGCCGAUCCUUUUGAAUCGCUAGCUUGGAACGAUACUGUGGCCGCAUUUCAAAAGGAGUUCGAGAAGGGUGGUUAUUUGGUGGGAUUAUUGGAGAAGUACUUACUAAAUGACAAUACACUCACUUUCACCAUGGCUCCUUCGACAACUUAUGGGGAUGAGCUUGUAGCCGAAGAAGCCACACGUCUCGCAAAAAAGAUUGCAGAGGUUACUGAAAAGGCUGGUGGCGAAGCCGAGGCUCGUGCGCAGUUAGAAAAGAGGGAAUUGGAGCUUUUGGAAGAGCAAGGAAAAUCUAACACUCAAGAUCUCAGUUGUCUCCCUACUGUUCACGUCAAGGACAUUCCAAGACAAGACGAGAAAAUAGAAUUAAGGGAUUCCAAGGUUGACAACGUCAAUGUACAAUGGCGCGAAGCACCCACAAACGGACUGACCUACUUCAGAGCCAUCAACACUUUCGAAAAUCUACCCGAGGAACUGCGAGCAUACAUUCCAUUAUUCACAGACGCUAUAAUGCGUCUCGGGACAAAGGACAUGACUAUGGAGCAGUUAGAAGACUUGAUGAAGCUUAAGACUGGAGGAAUUGGUGUUGGCUAUCAUGCGUCCUCGUCCCCCACAGAUUUCAAGUCGGCAUCCGAGGGCUUGAGCUUUUCCGGGACUGCUUUAGAUCGAAAUGUGCCUGAAAUGUUUGGGUUGUUGCGAAAACUAGUCCUUGAAACUGAUUUUGAUAGCCCUGAUGCCGAAGUCCGCAUCCGUCAGCUUUUGCAGGGUUCGGCAGACGGUGCAGUCAACAACAUCGCUUCAUCUGGGCAUGUGUUUGCCAGAGGCUAUGCUGAAGCUGGCGUAACACAAUACGGGCGUUUGAAGGAACAAGUGGGAGGAUUAUCUCAAAUCAAGCUCACUACCUCACUUGCCUCAAGACCUGAGGCCGAAGGAUUAGCCGAUGUUGUUGAUAAACUCAAGACGAUCCAGCGACUCGCAUUUUCUGGAAAUUCCACCUUCAGGACUGCACUCACCUGUGGUAGUGAAAGUGUCACGAACAACGAAGCCGUGCUUCAGCAAUUUCUAUCAUCAAUCCCAAGAUCUGAAUUGCCAUCUCGCCUGGUUCCUCCGCCAGAUUUCACAAGAAACACCAAGACGUUCUUCCCUCUGCCAUAUCAAGUAUAUUAUGGUGGCCUUGCUCUCCCAACGGUAUCUUAUACCUCUCCGGCUGGAGCACCUCUUCAAAUACUCUCUCAGCUCUUGACUCAUAAACAUUUGCAUCAUGAGAUCAGAGAAAAGGGCGGAGCUUAUGGCGGAGGAGCUUACUCGCGGGGACUUGAUGGUAUCUUUGGAUUCUACUCUUAUCGUGAUCCAAAUCCUUUAAACACAAUGUCGAUCAUGCGCAACGCUGGUAAAUGGGCAGUUCAAAAGGAAUGGACCGAACGCGAUCUCGAAGAAGCCAAAUUAUCUGUAUUCCAAAGUGUCGAUGCACCUCAAUCUGUCAGUCAAGAGGGCAUGACAAGGUUCGUAUCUGGAGUUUCGGAAGAGAUGGUUCAAGAGCGACGUGAGCGUUUAUUGGAUGUGACUAAGGAGCAAGUCCAAACCGUAGCGCAACAAUACCUUGUUGAUGCAUUAGAAAACGGCCAAGGUAACAUGGUUUUCCUUGGAGAGCAAAAGCCAUGGGUAGACGGAACUUGGGAAACAAAGAAUUUGGGACUCGCCCAAGAGCAACCUGAGGUCAUGGAUGAGGAAGAUGUAAAGGACGCCGCUUUUGGAUCAUAG